GAUGGGUUGUUCAGUGUGGCAGCCCAGUCGGCUCCGGGGCGUGGUGAAUGGGAAACGGAUCUGAAAAAGAGGAAGGAAAGCGGUUAAAAAGAAGGAGGAGAUCUUGAAGAAGGGGAAAAAGGGCAAGGAAAGGCUUCCCCAUCAUGGAUGUUUUCUAUAGCAGCGGAGUCUGGUUUGCAGAGCUGCUUCAGAGAAGUUUUCCGGGACUGGAGGCCUUUUGGCUUUGGAUGACCUUCUUAGGUGACCCUAGAUGCGUUUUCAUCAUUUAUUUCCCUCUUGCUUAUUUCCUGCUGGACCAGAAGGUUGGAGUGAAAGUGCUUUGGCUGGGCUUAAUCUCCGAGUGGCUCAAUUUAGUCUUCAAAUGGUUUCUAUUCGGUGAACGGCCCUUCUGGUGGAUGUUUGAAUCUGGGUUUUCCAAGAAGGGGGUAGACUUUCCCCGCCAGUUCCCUUCAAGCUGUGAAACAGGACCAGGCAGUCCUUCUGGCCACUGUAUGAUCACUGGUGCAGCCCUCUGGCCAGUAGUCACAGCUCUGACCACACAGCUAUCUCAGCACUCCAAAAGCUGGCUGGUGAAGAUAGUCCCUUUCCAGGUGUAUCUCCUUCUCCUGGUGGCCAUAGGUCUGUCACGCCUCUUCAUACUGGCUCAUUUCCCCCACCAAGUCCUUGCAGGCAUCUUAACAGGAAUUAGCCUGGGCUGGCUGCUAGAACCACGAGUCCCAUUAGGGAAGGGACUCCACUUUUACCUCUGGACUUCGCUGUCCCUUUUGCUCGGCAGCAUGAUGACUUACUGGACACUGAUUUUUCUGGGCAUAGAUCUCAGUUGGUCGAUCAACCUAGCCACUAAGUGGUGUGCAAACCCUGAAUGGAUCCGCAUGGAAACACGACCUUUUGCUUCGUUGAGUCGUGACGUGGCCACAUCCUUUGGGCUGGGAUUUGCCUUCCACUCCUCUUCUUACACCCAGCUCAAGUGCGAGAAGCCCAGAUGGUCUCAGAGGGCAUGGUGCGCCAUCUUGGCCCUUGUUCUCCUGUACUUCCUCAGUGAUGUGGCACAACCACAGAACGUGGCUCUCUGGUAUGGGCUGAACUUUGUGAAAUAUGCCACUUUCCCGUGGGUGGUGAUUGGACUGCUCCCUAGAGUGAUUCAAGCUGUGACAUCAAAGGGGACACCAUCCCACAAAGAGUAGCCAACAGGAGGGACCACUUGCUCUUUCAGGAGAGCCAUAGAUAGUGGUGGGUUUUCCUUGGGGUGUCCCACUUAGUGUGCAAUAGGUCCUUCCAUCCAAAUACCUUAUGUAUUUUACCUCAAAGGGGACAUUUUUUUUCCUUUACUCAGGCCACUGUGAUUUUUCCUUCUCUUGCCUAAACAGAUGUACCAAAAAUGCUUCGAACCCUUCUCACCCCAGGUCAGUUGUAACAAUAGGAUGUUUCCCCUUCAAAAAUAGAGACUGUUGUUUGUAUUCAGGGCCCAAAGUUGCAACCCAAAAAACUUUCAGAAGGUAUUUCCAACAGAGAUGGGAGAAGGAUGGGACACUGUAGCAGGUGGUUUUGUGGGACUGUGGAAUCAUUGUAAAAGAUAGGAAUAAGAUGGAGAGUUUAACUAGACCAGUUCAGGUGGGCAGAAGGAGCUGCAGGCAGCACUGAUGAAGUCUCUGUGCCACUAUCCCAUUUAUCUAAGAUAGAUACUUCUAAUUCCACCUGGUAUUUGAUGUGGCUGCACCUUCCCUAUCCAGCUUGAAUUCAUAGAAAGAAAGCUGAUGCAAAUUCCUAAAGCUCCAAGGUAGUAGACAUUCAAACCUCUAAACCAGUGAUUCUCAACCAUCCUAAUGCUGCAAUCCUGUAAUACAUUUCUUCAUGUUGCUAUUUUCGUUGCUACUUCAUAACUGUAAUUUUGCUACUGUUAGGAAUUGUAAUGUAAAUAUCUGAUAUGCAGGAUGUAUUUUCAUUGUUACUUCUCCUUCUCCCUAGGAUUUGGAAUUGGCAGGGCCACUCCACCCCACUCUAAACCCUGCCCUCCUCCCCAGGGCCCCCCUUCCUCACCUUCCCCUUUCUCACCUCUACCUCCUCCCUCUUCCCUCUUGGCUGCAAAGCAAACCUCACCUCCCUCGCCCCAUCUCUUCCUCCUAUAAUGGCAGAGGGGGCAGAUUGUGUGACAUCACCACCUUUCCUGCUUCUUUUCCUUGGGGUGGACUGGAUGGCCCACAAGGUCUUCCAAUUCUAUGAUUCUAUAAGAAGAGGCCUCUGGGAAGUGAAGGGGGUAGGGAAAAGUUAUCGGUGUCUCUGUUCCUAAGAUCAUCGGAAAUACACAUUUUCUGAUGGUCUUAGGCGACCCCUGUGAAAGGGUCAUUCAACCCCCAAAGGGGUCGUGACCCACAAGUUGAGAACUGCUGCUCUAAACCAACUUCUAUUCAAACAUUCUUAGGUCAGAUGAAGGGGAAUCAAACUCCCAGUUUCCCAGAAUCAUCACAUUAUUAAUAAUAUAGCCAAAUUUCAAUGUUUCAAACUGUAUUCACCAUGCAUGUCUCUUCUCCAAAAGGCUUUAACCCAGAUUUCUAUUCAAGGAUAAAAUGGGAGCUAAAGGACAUAGAUCUGUAUACUAAACUAUGUCUUUCUUAGCACUGUUGUUUUAAAAAAUCCUAGUUUGUUGAUUAAGUUUUAAAAAAAACCAUGGCAAAAGAUUAGACAAACAGUAUCUUGCCUUUCCCACUCCUGGUUUGUUUCUUUUUUCUUUGACAAUCAUGUUCUCAUCUCUUAUUUCAUCUCAGAGGGAGGGCAGUGACAAUCCAUACCUCCAAUUUUAGGUGUCUCAACAGGCCAUGGGUUCAGUCUAUGGUUUAUGAUUGGUUAACAAACCACCAUUUAAGGCAUGGACACACAUAACAACAUAAACAGAUAUUAACAAGUGGCUCCCUGUGACAUGUCAACACAGCAGUCUAUUACACUCCUAACCAGUUGGCCACCUUUCCCACCCAGAAAAUGUUCCAGAGAUUUUGUGGCAACAUUUUUGCUUUUGGAAGGUGUUUUCAUGUAUCAAGAGUUUAUUUCUGUAUGCUAAACUUUCCUUCCCACAUUUUUGAAGCUUUUGGAAAAGGGCCCAAUUGUCAGGAGGACCUAUGAACAAUGGAUGUGAGCCUGGAAAGAGAUCUCAUCUCCAUGCUUCUUUCAUUACUGCAUGUCUAGUGGUUUCUCAGGAAGUAGUUUGUGGUUCAUGCCAGACUAGCAGAGCCCUCUCAGCAUGGCUUUGGUUUUCCUUCAGUCGUGGCCACCAUGUUCUUUAACAACUCUUAUAUAUUUGUGAGUGUGUGUGUGGUGUAACGAUGAGAGCCACAUACUCUGUAAGGAUUCACCACUGCUUAUGCACACAAACUGCAAUCAAAAUAUGGAAACGUGUUGGAUUACAACUCACAGUAGCCAUGGUGGCUGGGGACAUCUGGUAGUUAUGGGCCACAAAAGUAACUUUUAAAAGUUCUGUAUGCACUAGCAAAUUAGCAUUAUAAUCAUCAGUAUGGCUGAUCCUGUAGUCAGUGGUGUUGGUAUUUAAUGGUUUUUGCCAUACAAAGCUUAGGGUCAAGCCAACAUCUAGACAAAGUGACUGAAUAACUGUCUGGGUUUUCCUGUUGCUUCUUCCAGCCUCUGCGACAUGUUUCCCUUAUUUAAAAUGAUACCUAUGCAUAAACAUGAUGUUGAUAUUAGAAUAAAUGAUGUAUUUUUGUGUUUGCA